AUGCAGUUUUAUACCUUCUUUCAAUGCUUCAUUGCGUUUGGCUCUAUCCACUACGCCCAAGCCUGCACUCCUAGGUCAGACAGUGGAAGCACCGACAAUCCGUUUGUGUUUGGCAAUGAUGGCCCGGCUCCAGCAGCCACUCUCGGUUUCGCGAUCAACCAUUUCGGCCUUCUGACAACGAACCUAGAUGCCAUGAAGCAAUUCUAUGGAGAUAUCCUAGGCAUGCGCCUCAUCUUCGACGCACACGUUACACCAGAGUUUACUGUGACCUACAUGGGAUAUGCGCAGGGCGGUCGCAAUGGAACUGGCUUCCAGAGCGGUGCAGAACUUGCACGGGACAAGAAUAAUCUGUAUGGACUCAUCGAGAUGGUGCAAUUCAACGUGUCGGAUGAUCAUUUCGAGCCAUCCACCAAGCGGACCAACACAUUUGGCCACGUUGGUCUGAUUGUGCCUGAUGUCGAGAAAGCGCAAUCCUACCUAGAGGCAAAGGGUGUGGCGAUUCUAAAGCGGGUCAAAGAGCCGAUCACGGAGUUUACGGGGCCUAUCCAGAACGCUUUUGGUAUUGGCGAGUUCGCUGGGGAACAUAUUGCAGCGAAGAAGGCGCUUGUUGCUGCUCAAGGCUUGAUUGGGCUGGAAAUGUUCCUAAUCAUCGAAGACCCUGAUGGAAAUCUGGUUGAAAUUCAGCAGCAAGAGGCUCCUAGUGCUUGA